AAUAAAUACAAUAACGAAAGCACCAUAACGAAUAAUAAUUCAAGACAACAGUAAAAGACAUAUUUGUAAAAGUAACUGUCACAGAAUCUUCACGGGAUUGCAACAUCAAUUACAGUUACUAAAAGGAGUACUGAUCAUAGAUGGCAAAGAGGGGGAAAUGCAUCCAACAACUGCACCGUUAUUUCAAAAUGCGGUCAAAUUUGCGAAUAUCUGGGAACAAUGAGUGAUGACAUGUUGGGAAGGUAUGCAGUCGAGGAUUUCGAAAAACACAAAAUCAUAAUUAAAAAUGUUGUCAAACACAGAGGUUGUGACUGUCCUUUUUCUUCUGUACUUAUUAAUGCAAAAAAUGGAUCUCGAACUAUUGUUCACUCAAACAAAAACUUGCCGGAAUUAACAAUCGAAGAUUUCAGAAAUCUGGAUUUAGAACAAUACAAAUGGAUUCAUUUUGAGGGGCGUAAUGUUAGACAGGUAGUUUUGAUGCUGAAGUACGUCACAGAGUGGAAUUCUGCACAUUCCAAAAUUGUAACCUCCGUUGAGCUUGAAAAGCCAAAAGAUGAACUCAAAGAACUGCUGCCUUUGGCUGAUGUUGUCUUUGUUGGAAAAGAUUUUGCUUCUUUUCAAGGAUGCAAGAACAAAUAUGAUGCGGUGGCUAGGAAUAUUGCUUUAGUCAAACCAAAGUAAGCAUUGGAUAGAAUUUUAUCAUUAUAAGAUAAAACCAUGUCUUUACUGUUUAUAGAGAUUGAAGCAUUUUGUGUUGAACAUAAAACACCUAGAAUGACACAACAUAGAUUAUAAUAUGGAAUGCUACUAUAAAAUCAUACUGAAAGUUUUGCCUUCUUUACGUGGCUGAGACACCCACUUCUGAUAUAUGUGGCGGGCAACCACUAAGCGAAAAAAAUGUUGCUGUUCAUGUUAUGAUUCAAGAUAACGUCCUUGUUGGGGGCAUGUGAAAUCUACUCAGAUGUAGCAAGAUAGUACAGAUUGCUAAGGGAAAGUAUGGUUUGUCCUGUUGGAAAUUUCAGAUGAUUUUCCUGUUGGGAGGCCAUAUGAAAGCAGUUCACCUAGGAACGUUUCACCAGUCACGUUCAAGAAGAUUCUCAUUCGGAGAAAAUUUGAAAUGCAUCCUGAGGU